AAAAACAAAAACAAUAAUAUGGAUGAAGUGAAAUAUAGAGGUGUUAGAAAGAGGCCAUGGGGUAAAUAUGCUGCCGAAAUUCGCGAUACGAAUCAACAAGGAGGAACUCGUGUCUGGUUAGGUACAUUUAACACUGCCGAAGAUGCUGCUCGAGCUUAUGACAGAGCGGCUUAUAACAUGAGGGGAAAUUUAGCAAUUCUUAAUUUUCCUGAGGAAUAUAACUUGCCUAGGACCUCUUCUCAUUUUUACGAUAAUUCAUCAACGAUGGCGGCCUCGUCAUCGUCUUCGAGUAAUGUGCAUGCAAGAAAUGAUGAUCAACAACGUACAGGGCAAGUUCUUGAACUUGAGUAUCUGGACGAUAAGGUUCUUGAAGAUCUUCUUGAUUGCGAUCAACAUGCAAACAAGAGAAAAUGAACAAUAUUUGUAUCGUUAUAAAGCUAAGUAUUUCCCCUAAUAUAUACUAAUAUAAUAAACCUUAGUUUUUAUAACUAAGAAAUGGGGAUUUUAUUUCAAUAAAUACCACCUUUUUGCAUGGGAGGGGGACAUAAAAUCUUACCUCUUCAUAGCCAAUAUAUAUACAUAUAGUAGAGUUGGAUGGGCCAACUCUUAACAAUGGUGGUGCAUUUUAUGAUCAUAUAUAUAUAUAUAUAUAUAUAUGCAAUUAAUGUGUGCUAAUUACCUAUUAAAUUUUUGAAAUUAUUGCUAAUUAUUGCAUAUAGAGUGAAUGUUCAUGUAUACUAAUUGAAUAACAUUUGUGACUUCAUUUGCUAUGUUAAAAUUACAAUGUUGUAUGUUCUCUCUAAUAAA